GCCCUCAUGGCCCUUUGUAGCCCUCAGAGCCCCUCAUGGCCCCUCAUGGCCCUGCAGAGCCCUCAGAGCCUCUCAUGACUCCUCAUGGCCCCUCAGAGCCCCUCAUGGCCCCUCAUAGCCCUUCAUGGUCCUGCAGAGCCCUCAGAGCCCCUCAUGGCCCCUCAGAGCCCCUCAUGGUCCUGCAGAGCCCUCAGAGCCCUUCAUGGCCCCACAGAGCCCCUCAUGGUCCUGCAGAGCCCUCAGAGCCCUUCAUGGCCCCACAGAGCCCCUCAUGGUCCUGCAGAGCCCUCAGAGGCCUUCAUGGCCCCACAGAGCCCCUCAUGGUCCUGCAGAGCCCUCAGAGCCCUCAUGGCCCCUCAGAGCCCCUCAUGGCCCCUCAGAGCCCUCCUGGCCCCCCGCGCGGGCUGUGCCCAGGUGUACCCAGGUGUGCCCAGGUGUGCCCAGGUGUGCCCAGGCGGGGGCGGCUCGCGCGCUGUCGCCCCCUGGCGGCGCAGGCAGGGCCGGCAGAGGCAGGGCCGGCAGAGGCCGGGCCCGCACCGCGCUGCCGUGCUUGUCUUCCCCGGUUUGUGUGGAAGUGAGGACAUGCCUCGUACAGCUCCUUUAAAUGCCGCUUCAGAGUAGGAAAUAAUCCAGUUUCAGAUUCAGCAGCUUCGUUUUGAAACGAACAAGUUCAUUGCUGGGAUGGCUCUGCCACCUCCAGAUCCCCAGUUUGUGCUCAGAGGUACCAGUGCUGCCAUCCACACUCUGCACUUCUCCUGUGGAGGCCAAGAACCCGAUCCCCCUGUUCUGUUCUCUGGCUCUGAGAACGGGCUCAUCCAUGUCUGGAACCUGAAAACACACAGAGUGGACACAGCACUGGAUGGCCAUGGACGAAAAUCUGUCUACUGUGUGGAGACAAUGGGUGGUAAAGACAGACUCCUCAGCCAGGGUCGGGACCAGAGGAUCUGCCUGUGGGAUUUAGCAGAGGGCCGGACCUCGGUGACGGACUCUGUCUGCACGGAGCACGUGGGAUUCUGCAGGUGCUCUCUGGUGCAGCUGGCACAGGGACGCUGGCUGAUGGCCACGGCAGCCAAAGGCCUGCAGGAGGUUCAGGUUUUGGAGCUGCCAUCCAAGACGUCAGUCUGUACCUUGAAGCCAGAGGUGGGUGCCAAGCUGGGCAUGCCCAUGUGUCUGAAGUUAUGGCAGCUCAGCUGUGGUUCCCAACCCUUGCUUCUGGCUGGCUAUGAAGAUGGAUCAGUGGUCCUCUGGAAUGUGACAAUGGGAAAAGCGUUGAGCCAACUCAUUUGCCACCAGGAGCCAGUGAUGAGCCUCGACUUUGACUCGGAGAGGACCAAGGGGAUCUCGGGCUCAUCUGAAAAGGUGCUUUGCAUCUGGAGCCUCAAUGAGCAACAGAACCUCCAGGUUUACAAAACACAUGAACUUGUCAAUGCUGGCAUAUCUGACAUCACCAUCCGUCCAGACAAGAAGAUUUUAGCAACAGCAGGGUGGGAUCAUCGCAUCAGGAUCUUUGGCUGGAAAAAACUGAAGCCCUUAGCAGUGCUGGACUAUCACACAGCAACUGUCCACUGUGUGUCCUUCUCGGAGCACAGGAACCCCCGUGAGAGGCUGCUGGCAGCCGGCUCCAAGGACCAGCGCAUCAGCCUCUGGUCACUGUACACCCAGAGCUGACACCUGCAGGGCCCGGGACAGCACUCCUGACACUGGAACUCAAACCUGCAUGGAGGGAGCUCGGAGCAUCUGUCUCCAGGCUGAAGAGAGAGUCCCAGGUUAAUUCCUAAUGCUACCUGUUUAAGCUGCAAAUUUUGUUUUCCAGAGAAGGAUUUUUAAAAUCCAUAACAAGCAGAAAAAGGCCAGUCACAAACAAAGACACAGAACCAAGUUGCUUUGGGUUCUGCUACAGGUUUUGCAACAGCUUUUCUUUGGCAGGUUGCUGAAAUAACUUGUGCCAUUAUCUCUUGUGAAAAAGGACUGGAAUCCCUCAAACUGUGGUGGGGGCAGAAUACAUCUGUUUGUAAGCCAUUUAUGUAACCAAGAAUUUGAAUCAGUGCAAAAUAUCACUCUUUCUUGAAAAUUUAUACCCAUUAAACCACCUCCAGUGGUUUCUCAUUGUCAGUUA